AUGGCCCUCGACGCGUCCGAGUCCGGCAUCCGUGACCCCGUCGCCGAGAGGCGUCUCAUCCGCCGCGUCGACUGGCGCCUCAUGCCAACCAUUUGCGUCCUCUACGCCCUCUCCCUCAUCGACCGUACCAACAUCGGUGCCGCCCGCGUGGACGGCAUGGCCCGCGACCUCAAAAUGAUCGGAAACGACCACUACUCCAUCGCCCUCCUCGUCUUCUUCCCAGGCUACUUCCUCAUGGAACUCCCCUCAAACCUCAUCAUCCGUAAAGCCGGAACCGCAAACUGGUUAUCCUUCAUCAUCCUCGUAUGGGGCGCAAUCACAGUCGGUAUGGGCUUCACCGAGUCCUGGGUGACCAUGUCAAUCUGCCGCGCUCUUCUCGGGAUCUUCGAAGCGGGUCUCUUUCCAGGCUGCGUGUACCUCAUCUCCUGCUGGUACCAACGCUACGAAGUCCAAAAGCGUCUUUCAAUCUUCUACAUGUCCUCCGUCCUCGCAUCCGGAUUCGCCGGUAUCCUCGCCUACGGACUCGGCCGCCUCAACGGCCGCCACGGCAUCGAAGGCUGGCGCUGGAUCUUCAUCGUCGAAGGCGCAAUCACCAUGGCCGCCGCAAUAUUCGCAUGGUUCUUCAUCGUCGAUUUCCCCCAAAAAGCCAAGUUCCUCACCGAACACGAACGCGCACUCAUCGAUGCCCGGAUGAACGACGACCGUGGUGAUGCCGUUCCGGAAUCCUUGACUGCCGCCCUCGUCAUGUCGCACCUCGCCGAUUGGCAGAUGUGGGCGUACUCCCUUAUGUUCAUGUGCAACACCGCCGCCGCAUACUCCCUCGCCUACUUCAUCCCCGUCAUCCUCAAAGGCCUCGGCUACUCCACCGCUCUAUCCCAAAUCCUCACUGCGCCGCCCUACAUCCUCGCCAUCAUGUUGUCCCUCUUCACCUCCUGGUGGUCCGACAAAACUCGUACACGUGUUCCGUAUAUCCUCUUUCAAGCCGUGCUUUCGAUUUUGGGAUACACACUCGUUUGGGUCGCUCCCAACACUGGCGGAAAAUUGGUCGGAACUUUCCUUGCUGUUGCGGGUGUCCAGCCGAAUCAGCCCAACAUCAUCACUUGGAUGCAAAACAAUGUUCGCGGAACCUCGAAGCGCGCCGUCGGAGCCGCUAUGCAAGCAGCCAUGGGCGCAAUUGGUGGUAUCGCUGCGAGUACCGUGUUCAGGGAGAAAGAUGCACCGGGUUACCACAACGGGUUGUUGGCGAUCAUGAUCUUUCAGGUUGGUGUUAUGGGGUUGACGGUCUUCUUGUAUAUGUACAAUCGUGCUCAGAACAAGAAAUUGGAUCGGGAGUUGGGAGAGGGUGUUGGGUUUAGGUACACGUUGUGA